GGAGGCCCACCCCUAAUCUUUAGGGGAUUAAUUCUGUCCCGUGCAGAAUACAAUCCCGGAAAAAGCAUAUCCUUACUUUUUUCAAGUCGGAUUUCUAACGGAUAAGCAAUUCCAAAUCCACACUUUUUCACUCUCCCCCAAGACAAUGGAAGCUCUGGGACUUCCCUCUCUCAAUUCUCAUAACAUUUCAUGCUCCAAUUUUCAAGUCCAAAAUGUUUCCAAAAAUCCCGAAAGAACAUAUUAUUUCAGUUCCUUAGAGCUAUCUUCUCUGAAACCCAGACCCUUUUGUUACAGUUCGUCAGAGCUGUCUUCUCUGAAACUCAGACCCUCAUGCAGAACACCCCUUUCGCACAGGACUGCUGUUCGAAUGCAAGUUGAUGGAGAAGAUUAUGAAUUGAAGCAAAUGAAAGAUAUGGCUGCUGCCAGGAAGAGAUGGGAAGCUCUGGUCAGGGAAGAAAAAGUCAAAGUUCUAACACCAAGGGAAGCCGGGUAUGCAAUUCAGCUAUCUAACAAGACCCUCCUUGAUGUCCGUCCCUCUAUUGAAUACAAAAAGGCAUGGGUUAAAGGCUCAAGGUGGAUUCCAAUCUUUGAUGUUGAUACCAAGCUUGAUGUCGGAACUCUGUCCAGAAAGAUCACAAGUGAAUAUUGAUGAAUUUGGGAAGUGAUGAUAUUUAUAGGAUUAAGAGAGUUUUAGACAUUUAGGAAAAAUAGGUUAUUUUAGUAUUUUAGAUUUAAGAAUCGAAAUACUUGUUCAAUUGAAAUUUAUAGGAGUUGCAUGACAAUUUUAUAGGUGACGAUUGAUUUCCGUUCAGUAUUGUUGUGGAGAAUUUCUAAUAAGAU